AUGCAUCUCCUAGUUGCGAAGAGAAUUUUAUGUUACCUACAAGGAACCAAGGAUUUUGAAAUUUUCUAUAGGAAAGGAGAAAAGUUAUAUUUGGUUGGCUUUACUGAUGGUGAUUAUGAAGGAGAUAAAGAUGAUAGAAAGAGUACUUCAGGUUAUGUGUUUAUGCUAAGAGCAAUGGUUGUGUCGUGGUCCUCUAAAAAGCAAACAAUUGUCACAUUAUCAAGUACAAAAGCUGAAUUUGUUGCUGCUACAGCUUGUGUUUGUCAAGCAAUUUGGCUUAGGAGAAUCCUUGAAGAACUGCAGUUCAAGAUUGGAAGAGCCAAUAUAGUAUGUUGUGACAACACUUCUCCCAUCAGGUUGUCAAAGAAUCCUGUGAGCCAUGGAAGAAGAAAGCACAUUGAUAUCUCAACAUUGAAGGAACAAUAG